UUGUAGAGCCUGACAAUGUCUUUGGACUCUUUGUGAUUCUAUUUAUAUGUUAGUGAGUGAGUGAGUGAAUGUAUUUUUGGUUUUUGUUAGCAAGCUGAAACAGACCAUUGAAUUUUAAGUAAUAUAGUUGCUAUUAUGGUAGUUGUUGUCUUUGAUUCUUCAUUUUUUUAGGGUUCUUUUUCUUGUUGUUUUCAGUUCUUUGAAUUGCUCAUUGUUUUUAGUAUUGAUUUGAUUACUCUUCAAUGUUGGUUACUUAGCCUUGCAUGUUUAUCAUCUGAUAUAGGUUAUGCUCAUUUCAGUGACAUUAGCUUUCUAUUUGCAAACUUGUUGUUUGGAUUCAAAUGACAUUGUUAUGUUUUUGAAUAGGAGGUUAAUAAGGAUUUAACAAGGGUCUUUCCUUUUAAUGGUUGUUUUGAGUUUUGAUUAAUUGUUUGCAUCUAAUUUGUGUGCUCUUUCUAUCAUUAUCAAUCGGGAAACUAGAAUGCUUGAUGGGUUUGUGCUGGUUUUGGCUGGGGAGAAUAAGUAGUGGUGUGUUUGCAAUGGGGUUUUGAGAUAUGAGAAUUUAGCAUAUAGGAACUAUUUAGCUUAGCUUAAGGGUAUAACAAAAUGGUUUUGGGUCGUGAAUCUGUGAAUGUUGUUGCUGGGAAUGUGGGAAAAUCAAAGGGAAAGAAGAAGAAAGAUGGAGAAACGAAGGAGACUAGGUGUUGGUUUAAGUUGAGGUUUUUGGGGAGCUGCAUUUCUUCAAAGACCAAGACUGAUAGCUCCACAAAUGGCACUAGCACACAAUAUGUGGAAAGUAAAUCUACGAAUGAUACUGCAAAUGAUACAAGCAGAGACCACCGAGUUGGAUCAUCUUCAUCCACUAGCUAUCCCUUAAGUACUCCAUCUACUCCUAACAUACUUGAGGAACUGAAAUUUGCCUCUCAGCUUCGAAACUUCUCCUUUAAUGAGCUUAAGUCAGCAACAAGAAAUUUUAGGCCUGAGAAUCUUCUUGGUGAGGGUGGGUUUGGAUGUGUGUUCAAAGGAUGGAUUAGCGAGACUAGGACUGCUUCAGUUAAACCUGGGACAGGUCUGCCUGUUGCAGUAAAAAAACACAACCAUGGUGGACUUCAGGGUCAUAAAGAAUGGCUUGCUGAAGUUAAUUAUCUUGGUGCUCUUCACCAUCCUCACUUGGUUAAGUUAAUUGGGUAUUGCAUUGAAGAUGAUCAAAGGCUGCUUGUUUAUGAGUUCAUGCCUCGAGGAAGCUUGGAGAAUCACCUCUUUAGGAGGUCUCUGCCUCUUCCCUGGUCCAUCAGAAUUAAAAUUGCACUUGGUGCUGCACAAGGCCUUGCCUUUCUUCAUGAGGAAGCUGAACAUCCAGUGAUAUACCGAGAUUUUAAAACAUCUAAUAUCCUGCUAGAUGCAGAUUACAAUGCCAAGCUUUCUGAUUUUGGCCUUGCCAAGGAUGGUCCUGAAGGAGACAAGACUCAUGUUUCUACUCGUGUGAUGGGAACAUAUGGUUAUGCAGCUCCAGAGUAUGUAAUGACAGGGCAUCUUACUUCAAGGAGUGAUGUUUACAGCUUUGGGGUAGUAUUACUUGAAAUGUUAACCGGCAGAAGAUCCAUAGACAAAAGCCGACGAAAUGGUGACCAUAAUUUGGUGGAAUGGGCAAGACCACAUCUUGGGGACAAGCGAAAGUUCUACCGACUGAUGGAUCCUUGUCUUGAAGGACGCUUCUCGAUUGAGGGUUCUCAAAAGGCAAUCCAGUUGGCUGCUCGCUGCCUCAAACGUGAUCCAAAAGCCAGACCUCUGAUGAGUGAGGUCGUUGAUAUCUUAAAACCCCUGCCCUACCUCAAGGACAUGGCCUGUUCAUCAUCCCAUUUUGAAGCCAUGCAGGCAGAGCGUUUUAGCUCUAGCCCUAGUACUCGAAAUGGAAGCAGAAUGUGCCAAGGGCUAUCGAGGAAUGUUCGACCAAAUGGUCCUCAUGCUUCUCCAUAUAAUAAUAAGUCACCCACACCUAACAACUCGAGGAAUGUUCGACCAAAUGGUCCUCAUCUCAUAUAAUAAUAAGUCACCCACACCUAACA